GCUGCCCUGAGAACAAAUGGUAUAUUCAUCAGUAGCUUCUUGCUGCCAGAGAGACUCCUCGAGGGAAAUUCAGUGUAGAGUCAGACUACACUACAACUCUCCCUUUAAAAGCCCUCCCCGCGCGCCUGAAAAUCCGUCUGCUCUAUGUACACUUAGUAGCCUCCCGGGUGUGAGUGAGAGUAAGCGUGUGCGUGCGCACGGGUGAGUGUGUGGGUGAGUGCUUGUGUGAGAGAGUGUGUGUGCGUGUGUGUGUGUGAGUGUGUGUGUCCGUCUCGCUUCUCCAUCAGCCAUGAGAGGCACCUCCUGCAUCCGCUCCUGGCUCUGGCUGCUGCUGGCUGCCGCGGCUCAGGUCUCCGGGCAGCAACCACAGGAGAGACCUGUUUUCACAUGCGGUGGCGUUCUAUCUGGAGAAUCUGGACUUAUUGGCAGUGAAGGGUUCCCUGGAGUCUAUCCCCCAAAUAGCAAAUGCACUUGGAAAAUCACAGUACCUGAAGGGAAAGUUGUUGUUCUUCACUUCCGGUUCCUAGACUUAGAAAGUGAUAACCUGUGUCGCUACGACUUUGUCGAUGUGUACAAUGGCCACACCAACGGGCAACGCAUCGGUCGCUUCUGUGGAACUUUCAGGCCAGGGGCCCUCGUGUCCAACAGCAACAAGAUGCUGGUGCAGAUGAUUUCAGAUGCCAACACGGCCGGGAACGGCUUCAUUGCCAUGUUUUCUGCAGCAGAACCAAAUGAAAGAGGGGAUCAAUACUGCGGUGGACGAUUGCAAAGACCUGCAGGUUCCUUUAAAACACCCAACUGGCCAGAUCGGGAUUACCCUGCAGGAGUCACUUGUUUGUGGCAUAUUAUAGCCCCAAAGAAUCAGGUAAUAGAGGUCAAGUUUGAGAAGUUUGAUGUGGAACAAGAUAACUAUUGCAGAUACGACUAUGUGGCUAUAUUCAAUGGGGGAGAAAUCAAUGAUGCUAAAAGAAUUGGAAAAUAUUGUGGAGAUAGACCACCUGCGCCCAUUGUGUCAGAGAGAAAUGAGCUUCUCAUUCAAUUCUUAUCGGACUUGAGUUUAACUGCUGAUGGUUUUAUUGGCCACUACAAAUUCAGACCAAAAAAGUUACCUACAACCACCGUCCCUCCUGUUACAACGACAGCUCCUGUGCCCACAAGUUCAAGACCUACUGUAGCCCUAUGUCAACAAAAAUGUAGAAGAAGUGGGACUCUGGAGAGCAAUUAUUGUUCAAGUAACUUUGUGCUAGCUGGUACUGUUAUCACAACAAUGACAAAGGGUGGAAGCUUGCACGCAACAAUAUCAAUCAUCAAUGUAUACAAGGAGGGAAACCUGGCAAUUCAGCAAGCUGGCAAGAACAUGAGUACCAAGAUCACUGUUGUUUGUAAGCAAUGUCCUCUCAUCAGAAGAGGUCUAAAUUACAUCAUCAUGGGUCAGGUAGAUGAAGAUGGGCGAGGGAAGAUCACACCAAACAGCUUUAUCAUGAAUUUCAAGAUGAAGAAUCAAAAGAUCCUGAAUGCCUUGAAAAAUAAACGCUGUUAAAGACGAAUGAUAUCAAAUAAUGCUGCAUUCCAGUAUAUCUUCUGAAAGAUCUAUUUUCAUUCACUAGGAGGAAGAGUCUUUAAAAUUAAAUACUGAGCAUUCCCAAAAGAUCAGCUUGAUAGCACAUGGCCUCACUUAACAGUGAUGGAAAUUAUGUGCAUGGUCAUUGAGGCAUAGAUCUGAUUACCAACCUUAAGGCAAGUUGCAGUAAUAGUGUGAACUGAAAUGUACAAAGUUCUGAAAACUUGGAAGCUAUUAAUUUAUACAUCUUGGUAAAAGGAGUUCUUUUAGAAAUGAAUUUUGUGAGGAUGUGAAAAGGAAGAUUUAUAAGUGCAAUAUUUAUAGUGAUAUGAUUUUUAACUUUUAGCUUUUGCUCUGAGUUUUUAUAUUGUUUUCCUGCAUUUUUAUCUAUGCUUAAUAAAAUAUUU